AGAGAAUGAGAGAGAGAUGGUGGGAAUACGUUGAUAGGUACCAUGCAGUACUGAUGCGUUUGGUUGUCGCGCGAGUGGUACGGUUGCGUUUUCUUCAAUGAAUUAGGAUAAAUAUGCGCUGGCUAAUAAGUCUGUGUACCCUGGCGAUUCUGUUGGUGCACGGAAUAGAGGCGAACGGUGAUGAGGCGCCGCUAACCAAACUCGGUGCGAAGACCGGGCCGACCCUGAGAUUCGCUUAUUGCUACUCGUGCGGCUAUAGGAAAGUCUUCGAGCAGUAUGCCAGCAUCCUCAAGGAGAAGUAUCCGGAGCUUCACGUGGAGGGACAGAACUUUAAUCCACCCGGUUACAACAUGUUCGUCGCGAAAUCGCUGGGAAUGCUGAAGAUACUGAUAAUUAUCCUUAUUGUGAGCGGAUUCGACUUCGGUAGGCCUUUACCGUCAGUAUGGCAGUGGUGUAUAGACAAUCGUUUUUAUGCGUGCAUACUGAUUUUCCUGAUCUGCAACGCCAUCGAAGGCCAGCUGAUCUCAUCGGGCGCGUUCGAGAUACACUUCAAUGAUGUUCCCGUUUGGUCGAAGCUCGAGACCGGCAGGAUACCGCAGCCGCCUGAAUUGUUUCAGAUAAUCGAUUUCCAUUUAGACAUGAUGUUCUCGGAGGCAGAUGUAGGGAAAAUAAGUUUCAAUAAGUAACCUCGUUGCGCGGGCGCGGGUAAGCGGAGAUUAAUAAAUCCAACCGUGUGUCACACUGGAAGGGGAGGUUCAGUAAUGAUGCGAUGUGAUGAAAAUAUGUACAAUGUAUCUGUUAAAUAAGGUCUUAUCAUAGAACAUAAUAUCAAUAAGGGUAUUACGUACAUACAAUUGUGUGAUUUAAAUAAAACUGUUACAAACAUUUUUUCA